AUGGUCACCCUGCCACCAAACUGCUCUGAAAUCAAGGUGCUUGGUGGUAAGAUGACUCAAGCUGAAUUAAAAAAAAGAGCUUGUGAAGGGAUGAGGAACCUUCCAGCCCCUGCUCAAUCCUGCUGUGUGAGGUCAGUCCUUUCUGUUGGUGGAGAUUAUCCCAUUGCUGGAGGCAGAAGGUUCGUGGAGAGAAGGUUCGAGUCGUGUAGGAUAUGCAGCAUUGCUUUGUGUGUGGCUACUUGCUUCAAGGAGUACCAUGCCCAUCAAGAUACUCCUAAACCCAUUGGAUUCAGGGUUUUGGAGUAUGUGUGGGACUCGUGGGCCACACAUAGACCUAAAUCUGGGAAUGCCCCUUCCGAAGUGCCCACUGAGUCUAGUCAUCCUUCAGGAUUAUGGGGCAUUCACAAUGAGUCAUUCCCAUCUUCCUCUUGCAAUUUUUUCAUGACAGCAUAUUCCCAUCACCUGGCCCUCAGCCAAAUUUUUUCAUCAUGUGGCAGUUACAUCACCUGGAUUCAAUGGGAAAUACAAAUUGCUGUUAGUGUUCCCCAGGUGUUCCGGAGAGUGAAUUCUAUCCCAGGUGCCAAAGUAAAAUCAUCAUGGACAUGUCAUGAAAUUCCAACUACUCUUGGCAAGGCCUUCUGCACAUUGAAGACAUUCCCAUAUUUCCAAGGCAUUAUUCACGACUGCGUGUGUUCUGCCGCAUAUUUUGACACGGUUUUCAUUUGUGUUGAGAUCCGAUCUGGGUGGCCAUGGCAGCAUUGUGAUGUCGGGUUAUUUACGACAAGCCAGGACAAUACGACUGAUAUGGAUAGGGCUGAUUUUUUGAAUAUGUUAAAUGAUAACACUGCUUUAGAGAAAAGAAUAGAUACGUAUGAAAAUGUUUUAGAGUUCAUUUCUGUCAAAUAUGCCUUCUGCAAUUACAUCAACAGAUAUUCAAAGAUCAGAGUGCUGAAACAUGUGACAGUGAAGGGUACUCCCCCGCCCAAGGUGUGGUGGGUGGCUCCUGUUGGCUUGCGGACCUGUUUGCGCAUGGCCUUGCGCCACCUUAAUAUACAAGUGCUUUGCACCAUGGACGACCACCACCAAGAAGUAAUUGCCUUUUGUCGAGAAAACAAUUACCACGGACUCAUGGCGGAAGAUGCAGAAUACAUUAUAUUCGACCCCCCACGCUACUUCUCCUCACACCAGCUCAAACUAACGUACAAGGGGUCGCUGGAAACCAAAGAGUUUAUUCUAGAUGAAGUGGCGAGAGGUUUGGGUCUCCAACGCAACUAUUUCUGCUUGCUGGCAGCUCUCUUAGGAAAUUAUUUACUCACAGAAUCUGAUCUCAGAGAUUUCUAUGCUGCAUUAGUUCCAAAUUAUGACAGACAACAGACUCCACAAGAGGAAGUAAUAAGAGCAGUUGUCAAGUUCAUAGUCAACCGAUGCGAUGUCAAUAACUUGCUUAGCGUUGGUGCACAGAUAUUUGGCUCCAUAAGUGACCCUCGGGUUGCAAAAUUCAAAGAGUCUGUACAAUACUUCCUCAACGGCACAAAAGAUGGCUUCCUGCGCUAUAAACCGUUCCAGUCGGGGAGACGAGAUGGAGGCCACAGACAGUCUCCGCACCAGUCAGUUCCUAAACAAGAGGUCCAAGAAUCAAAGAUCGUGAUUGAGGUGACGGGUCCAGGGAGUCCGCAGGGUAGCAGCCGUGGAGGGAGUGGCUGCGGCUCACUCUCACCAGAAGCAGCCCAGCUAGAGCAGGCGCUGGAGUCCCGCCUGGGGGGGUUCACCAUUGUGGUAACCGGGGAGGAUGAUGAGGAGACGCAGCACCUCGAGGACUGGGGUGGGGAGGCAGGAAGAGGAGGAGGAGGGAUGGAAGAUGGAGGAGGAACCAGUCGUGGAGAAAGUGAAUGUGAUGGAGGAGGAGGAGGAAGAAAAGAAGAUAGUGGGAGAGGUAGGGGUGAAAACAUUAAAGAGAUCUUUAAAGGAAUAGAGCAGAACAAAAGAGAGGAAGAUGAGGUGGAGGAGAUCGGUGAUGAUAUUAAGGAGAAAGAAAAGGACGAAGAGAGGAAGGGGGACCUGACGGUGCAGCCGGCUGACCUCGAUGACCACGACCACGACUCAGGUAUAUUAUGUGGUGGUUGCCUGGGCUCGACGGCCUCAGGUUCGCCAGGAGCCUCCCUCUUGCUCUCGUCCUCAUCUUCAUCCAGCAACAGUUCAGCCGCCUCCCCCUACCGCCUCACACCUGAUGUGUCUUGGGCCGCGCAGGUGUACCGCUCCAACCACACUUCCCACUCUAGUAGUCCGAGCGAAAGCCAUCAGGAGCCCGGCCCCCAGAUUGACCCCAACCCACUGCCUCUACCUCCAGUCCCCCACGAGGUCAUGCGAACGGCCUCUGAACGCCACCAGAAGGGUCUCAUGUGCCCUUGGGUGUACCAGGUCCUCACACAGGGUGAAGUGAAGUUUGGUGUGUGCAUGGAGGACGAAAAUAGCCGCGAGCUGCCUAAUGCUGUGCUGUUCUACCGGCCUGUCCGUCAGUUUGUUUAUGCCAUCCUGUUUAACCUUCACCAUCACACAUUUAUGGCCCGUAAAGCUAAAGAAGAAGGACAAAAGGGCCUAGCCACUGAGGUACCUGAAAUCAAGGUUCGCGAAUGGGUGUACACCAAAAAUAACCCAUACCGCACUGCUGACAUUGUAGAAGCAACACCCAUCAAUUGGGCCGUGCCGACCGUCCAGAGGUUGUGGUUUGGAUCGGUUGUGGAUGACAAGAAACGCCGCCUCAGAGCAUUUCUAAGCUGCAUGCGAUCCGAUUCACCUCUUAUGCUACACACGUCCCAUGUUCCACAGCAUCUGUUAAUAAUGGCCACAGUUCUAAGGUAUAUAAUGAGCAAUCCAACGGGUCCAGUCCUGAGGAAACAAGAGCUUGACGCUUUCCUGGUCACAGCUUUCUCCCCAGAUCUCACAAAUGCACAUUAUUUGCAAGAUUUGCAGCUUCCCCUAGUUACUGCCAGAGGUGCCCAGUUAGCUGCACUUUUCAUGCUAGGGGUUGAGACAGCUCUCUUCGCCAAUGAUGCAUGUGGAGCACCUGUUCCCUGGCUCAUGUGCUGCCCAUGGUUGUAUUUUGAUGGCAAGCUCUUCCAUGCGAAGCUCAUCAGGGCCAACUGUGCCAGGUCGCUUGUUGAGGUGUGUGAUGGGGAGAUAGACCUUGUAGCGAAAGUGGAGCGCUGUCGCCAGGCGAUACUGGAGGGCAUUCGGGUGGAAUUUGCGCACCCCCUUCUUCCUCCCAUGCCGGGAGCGGGUGGGCACAAGGUUGGCCCCCCACCCCCCUACCCCAUGGCUCACCCCCCAGGCCGUGGCAGAGGCAGAGGAGGACCUGUGAGGAAUAGUGUACAAGGUGGUGGCGUAGGUAGAAUGUUCUCCCGUGGAGGACAACUACAAGUCGCCGGUGUUGUUGUAGGAUCUUGGGGACCAAACUAUGGCUCCAGCGGUAAUGACUACAGACCAAGGGGAACGAGAUACCCGCAUAAUGGUGGUGGAAAUAUGCAAGGGAGAAGUGAGUCCAGUAGAUUUUCCCGCUCCACUCGAGGCAGACCAACUGUUUUGGCCAAACGCCGCACAAUUAAGAAGCGUGAGAUCCGCUCGAGCCGGGGACGAGGGAUGAGCAUGGAGGCGCCUGGCAAUAGUCGCACCGUGGGAAUGAAGGAGCUCCUGGCCACGCCCGGUGGUGGCUACAGCAGCCAGUCAUCUCCAGUGGGCCCGGACGGGGACGGCCUUUCGCCAAACCCCCCCUACACGCCUCAAAGCCACACCUCAAGUGGCCUCAAGAGCCCGGACUCCGGUGUUAAUGUGUCCAUUCUGGAGUAAGGCACUGUGGGCAUUCGCUGACAGAGGUGGCAAAUCGGAAAUUCCAGGCGGUCUCUCCCCCAUCUCCCAGAGAGCAGCUAGUGCCCCCCCCCUCUGCUUUACAUCUAGCUUAAGAAUAAUUUCAAAUACUGAUACCUGAUAGGAUUAGUAGAGCACUAGCUACAAAUGUUCACUUCGUACCUUUCCUCAAGAGAACACUGCUAGCCAGAAGUACAAUGUGGAAAAGGGCCGUCUUCCCAAGAUUUAGAUCCCACACCAACCGCCAGCAUUUCCACCUCCGUCGCGAGCAACCAAUUAGGGCUGGCUGAUGUGUGCAUCAGCCACUGCCUGUGCCGCCACCACUGCCAUUGCCACCACUACUGCUCCAACAACUACCACCAUCUCGGCUGCCCCCACAUCUGCUGAAGUGAAUAAGACACCAAUACCACCACCACCAUUUCUAAGGGGUCACUGCUUUCCUUGCAGUGACUCAAGCUGUGCUAUUGUUGAGGGAUUUACACAAGAAAUUGCAUCUGCUCUGACCUGCUAAAUUUGCUUUGGAAAAUAACAAAAAAAGAAGCUAAUUGUAUUGGGGAUUUUUGCUGUCAUUGCAUGUAUUGACUAGUAAUGAGACUACAAUUGUCAGAAACAGUAUUAGAUGGUAUCUAAUUAAGGUUAUGUGAUGAAAAGAUCAUGCAAAUAUUGGUUUUAGUCUAUUUAAAUCUCACUUGCAUAGUAAAGCAAUAUGUAUAUUUAUAUAGCUAUAUAUAAAUAUAAAAUUGUUACAUAACUGAGCAAGAGCAGUCGUCUUCCACAUUGCUUAUGGAAAUGUCAUCCCAUGCCUUCAUUUAGGACAGCAGUGAUGGAGAAACUCAUAAGAUACUCUACACUGACACCAACUUCAGUUUGUAAUGACCUCAGUAAACAAUAGCAAGCUUAAAAAUUGCCAGUUUGAGAGACUUAGGAAUGACAAUUGUCAGAUCUGUCUGUGAUGUUAGAAAAGUUCUAUUGUGAUGAAGUUAGUGAUUGUAAUAUCCUAGAUGACACAUAGAAGUGGCACAAGUUCUCCAGUAAGCAGAAGAUUCAACCUUGAAUAGAAAGAUGUAUAUGUAUCUUUGGAUAAUAAUCACUAAUUUCAUCCCCAAUGUACUACCAGAAAGUACAAGGUGGGCAGCUGGAGAAGCUGGCAACCAAAAUAUGCCAUGAACAGUUGCCAGGUAAUCCUCUCCACUGCUGUUAGACACGAAGUAUAUAUGAAGAUGAAUUUUUAUUUUUAUAUGACUGUUAUAUUGUUAAAAUGGUGAUGGAGACACUUUAUGAAUGAGACUUGUUGGUAUUUGGCAAGUUUGUGGUUGAAGUUUGGGGUGUGAGAUUGCCACAGACCGCCUGGUGUUGAACAAUUAAGCAAUCCUUAAAAUGAGAUUUAACUAAAAUAAAAUGAUUUAGACCCCCUUGAUAAGGUGGCACAUUUGGAAUUUUGCAGGAUGACACUUAUCCUAAAAAGAAAAGGAAGAUUAUAUAUGUAUAUGUGUGUAUAUAUAGCAUUGAUUGAUGAGGAGGCUUAACCCAGUGGGAGAAAAUUUCUAACAUUUUCUAAGGACAACUUGGCUAUUUCAAGGAAUGUUAACAGUACCCAUAUGAUGACUUCAAAAUGCAAACAAUAUUUUGCUAAUGCUCCACUGCUGUUUGGUAAAUUCAGGGAGCUAUGAACUGUAUGGUUCAAAAGGAUGGUGGGGAACUUAAGAAUGGUAUUAUGUUUAUCGUUGUAUUUGGGAUUUAGAUCAUAUAUUUACACGUCUGAUACAUGAUGUUGAAGGUUGUCAGUUAACAGUUCACUCUUAUCAGAAUUUGCAUUAAAGCUAAUCAUGUAAGCUCAUGUAGCCAGGGAUGCUACUGGGAAGGGUAUCGCUGAGUUUGUACCCUAUAAUGCAGAGAGAAACUCUUCUGCAUCAAAGUUUACUUUUGAUUUCUUUAAAGUUUGUGUGCCAUGGUUUCUCAUUCGGAAAAUGAAAAGAAAAAAAAUUGUAGCUUUUUGCGCACUUCAAGUCAAAUUGUUAAGAUUUCAAAUUUUACAGCCUAUGCUAGAAGAUGCUGUCAUGCUCUUUCAGUUUUGUAUUGUAUGGAUCAACUUGUAGGUGAACACAAUAUGAUCGGCUUUUAAUUGUAAAGACUUUUGCCAUUAGUUGUGCAUAUUGCUGCCUUCCCCUAUGAUGGAUGUUAAUCUGAAAGGGAAAUGACUUACUCGAGAUAUUGAUGUAUUGAUAAUGAGAAGAUGUACUUCUGUAUCAAAAUGAGAGGAUUAGAUAAUGUAUCUAUGUGAAGAAUUAGGUCUUACAAGUUUUCUGGCUACUGUAUUGCCAAUUAUGAUGCCCAUGAUAAUUUUUUGAGUAACAACAUGGUGUUUAAUGAUUGAAUUUUAUUUAAAGGGGAAAAAUAUAUUGCCUUCAUUUAUGUAGAACUCUACUCCACUGUUACAAGUGGGAGCAAAACUCUUUUUGUUCAUUUAUCUUCUUGCAACAUGUCUGUGUUUCAGUGAGGGGCCCAUGUUUGUGUAAUAUUAACUUAGUGUCAUGUCUUGCUAAUGGAACUCUCACAGUCCUAUCAUGCACUUUACCAUUUGCUUCUUUACGAUACAACAACCCCACCAACAGUUAAUUGGAGUGAGGUAACAUUUUCUGGGUCAACAUUUAUAUAUAAAUUGUCACAGAGUUUUUACCCUCCAUAUCUGAAAGUCAGAGGAAGACCAGACUACCCCCCUGGAGGCUGUGCUUGGGAUGUCUCACACUUGAGAUACCUCAAGCUCUGAAAGGGAGAGAGCUGGGUUCCUCCCUGGCUGCAGGCUCGACCUUCAGUCCUGGAGUGUCAGUACCGGGUUGCUUCAAUGUACGUUGUAUACAUGCAAUUGAAAAUUUAAUAGCUACUUGCAUCAUAGCAUUAGGAAAUAAUGAUAAUAGUAGGUCUAGUAAAGGCAAGUUUUUGCCAAAUGUUUCAAAUAGAUUAUGUGUACAUUAUACUCAGUGUUUAACUGCUCAUCAGUUAUGAGCCUUAACAGAGAAGAAUUGAUCAUUUACUGUGUAUGCUAAGGGAGAUAAAUUUAUUAUUACAAAUAUGUGGAAAUGUUUUUCUGCUUAUAACUGAGUAAGUUAUGAGGCACGGAAUCACCAUUUCCCUCUUGUGUUUACUUGUAGUCACAGGCCUUCAUUUCUGAGUGCUGUGUAGGUCCAGAGAUCUCCCAUAUGUGCUGCUGAGACAAGUGUUUGCCUGGGUUGCACUCCAAUGGGCACAAUUGUGGUCGUGUUGCGCAGACUGUUGGCGACACUCUCAGGGCAGAUGGUACUCAUGAGACCUUCAUUUCACUGGGGAAUAUUGACCAUAAUACAUAAGUGCUUUUAAGUACAUUAGACUCCUGAUUUAUAAGUGCUCUAUGGAAUAUUAUGCCUCCCUCAUUAGGCAGUGCUAAAUAACUUUUUCUUGCAAUUAUUGAAUGGGCCCCUCCUCGAUGUUAUGCUUAAAACAUAAACAUUUAUAGGUGAAUUUUAGUGAGAGAAGGGCAGGAGAUGGCUAUGUAAGCAUUUAUUUCAAACAGGGUUAUUCAGACAUAAAAUUAAUUCUUGAAGGCUUUAGAGAUUAAUUAUCUGAAAAGUAAAAAGUUUGUUUAUGAACAGGGUAGAACUUAAAAAGCAAACCCAGAAAGAAGUGAAAUUGUGUACAGUACUGUGUUAGCUUUCAGGUGCAUUUCAAAAGGUUUAAUGAAAAUUCUUUGUGGAAGCAAUUAUGACCAUGCUUUGGAGUAUGCACAUAUAAACAGACAGGUUUGAAUUUACUAACAGUAUUGCUGAAGAGGUAGUAUCAUGGACUUACUGUGCCAAGAAGGGAAACUUUGUGUUUGGUUUAAAAAUAAUAGGUAAUGUGGCAUGACCUUGCCUCCUGUUUGUCUCCCAUCAAAACUCAUCCUGAAACUGAUUGUUGUAUCAAUACUGAAAUGUUAAUUAACCCAAGCAAGUUUGAACAAAUAUGAUAAUUUGAGCAGCAAAAUUGUUUAAAAAACAAGUGACCAUACUAACCUCUAAAAGAAGAAAAAAAAAAAUGCACAACAAACUUGUUGGGAAUAUUACGUUGUGUGAUUUCAUGUCAUAUGUAGCCUACAUCCUAAAAUCUGAAGUGUUUUUGUGGUGGUAUGUCCUUGCAAAUUUCAAUAUUUAGGGGGAACAAAAAACAAGAAAAACAGGCUUAGGGAUUGAAAGGCUGUCUUAUGUGCAAAGAAUGUUUUAUAUCAGUUUGGCAGUGUUGACAAACCAACACAAAAACUUCAGGUGUUAAUCUAUAUCAUUACCCAAUUAGAUAUUUUGUGUGAUUAUUAGCCUGCAGCAUCAAUUUUCAAAAAUCCUAGUUCAGGAAAGAAUGGAGCAGUGUUUAUUCAUGAUUCUACAUGGCUGGAUGUCAAGAGAUUUGGAAGAUAACGUGAUGUCGUAUGGCUUUUUUCUUCCUGCAAAAUAGCAUGAAAAAAAUAAUGGACUAAAGCAGUGUAUUUAGACUUGUAAGAUGAGUCUGGUAAGCUUGAGGGAGUCAGGUCUGAUGUUCAAAGUCAGUGCGAGACAGUUUGUUUCAAAGUUUAAACAAAAAAGAAAAUAAACAGGUCCCCUUUUUGUAAUGGAAACUGGGACUUCUGUGAAAGGGAAUUUACUCUUGUCACCAUGGGAAAGAUGUGCUGCAAUUAGAAAUCCAUAUAUAUUUUUUCUUGUGAAAAAACAAAAAACAUCUGAAGGGUUUUUAGGAGAUGUAUUGAUGUAUAUGUAGAGUAAGAAUCCUCAUUAUUUUGGAAAUUAAAAGAAAAACGUUCAGAAGAAAAAGAGAGAAACCCACAUACAAAUUUAUUUAGUUACACUUGACCAUAUUUUUAUUUUAUGAAAAAGUCAGUAUGGGUAAUUUAUUCAUGAUUUUGUGAAUAGCAUAUCUGUUAAAAAUCCUUCCAAAUGUGUAAUAACAGACGGAUUAAAAAAAGGAGAUAAUAUAAUUUUAAAAAGCCUCACCAGCAUUCACGGCAGCUAGAAGGGAAAGAGACAUGCGUUAGGAUGUCACCAGGACAAGUAGAAGUGAUGAUGACGAAAUGAUAUGUCUGGUUUGGAAAGUAAAGGUUGGAUGGAAAA